GAAGUUGAAAAAAACGUUGACCAACUACGCUGUCAGCAGCUAACGUAUGUCGUAAAUCAUUAUGUGUUAUACGUGAUCAAAAUUUUCUUUACAACACAUAAGAUAUACCUUCAUCUUGAUAUUAUCGAACGCUUUCAACGCUGAACGUAGAAUUCCGUUAUUACAGUUUUAAUUAUAUAUGGCUAUUGAAUAAGUUAGCCAUUUAUAACCAUAGGGUUAUGAGACAUACGCCAUCUGACGCCUUUAAACAACGAAUUAGCGAUGGCGUAUCUUCAACGAUUACGUUCAUUAUUGUCAGAUGCUUGGCAAAUAUUCACCAUGAAUGUGUCUUGCGAUAACAAAAUGAAUGUUCUCAACACAGAAAGUGUUGAAGUGACCACCGCUGUUUCUGCCACAGAAGUAGCCACUUCAUUGCAGCGAACUGUGUUGAAACUUAAAGGAAAAUAUUUGUCUGAAGAUGGAAAGUCUGUUCAUUAUGCAGAGCUAAAAAAGGAUGAUUUGUUUCAAGAAUUUCAGUCCCAAGCAGAGCAACUUGUGCAUGUGUCAUUAGCAGACCUGAAUCCCAUUCAAAGAAAAGCAUUCUUCAUAAAUGUGUAUAACACCUUAACCAUACAUGCACUUAGUAAGGUUGAGCCCCUCCCAAAAUCCUUACUGGAUAUUAGCAAUUUCUGGAAAAAAUCAGCAUACAAUAUUAAUGGGCUUGUGUUCAGUUUGGAUGACAUUGAGCAUGGAGUAUUACGUGCUAACACAAGGCAUCCGGCUGCUCUCACUAAACCCUUUAAAGAAAAUGAUCCCCGCCUUCCGUUCAGCAUGAAAGAACUAGACCCAAGGAUACAUUUUGUUCUUAACUGUGGAGGCAAGUCAUGCCCUGCAAUCGGUGUUUACAGUGAAGCUAAUCUGGAGGCUGCCUUGAGCAGCGCUACAAAAAAUUUCCUUUCAGAAACAGUGCAAAUUGAUGGAAAUAUUGUUCAUCUUUCGAAACUUCUCAUGUGGUAUGGCAACGAUUUCGGAUCCAAUGACGAAGAGAUCCUGAGGUGGGUAGCUCAACAUUUGCCCGACAUCCAAAAAACAAGCAUUAUGCAACUGGUCGAUUCGAAGCACGCUGAAGUAAAAUUCGAUGAAUAUAACUGGCUUAUUAACGCCAGCUGAAAUCAGAUUAAUUAUUUUAGUUGAUUUAUUAUUUUGAUUCCACUGCAUUUUUAUCUGGCUAUACAAUCUCACACGACGAACCUA